AUGUCAAACGGGAUUCCAUCUUAUGCCACUGCAUGCAGUAAUUCGUCUCAGUAUGCUAGUGCUUGCUCUUGUAUGGGAGUGACAGCAAGAACUAUCACCCUCAAUGCCACUGCAACCACCGUCACUAUCACCAUCUCGACUACACAGACAUCGACUGUUUCUUCUGCUUCUCCGAUUUCAUCUUGCACAGCCAAUACCCAGACUGAUCCCAACAACUGCGGCAGCUGCGGCAAUGUUUGCUCAACCGGAGUCUGCAAUAAUGGUAUCUGUUCAAGUGCCCAAUGUCCCAGUAACCAGACCUGCGACGCCGGUUUCCACUCUUGCAGCACUGGCGAUUGCUUCUGCUUCUCAGACCACACGGGUGCUGGGUUCUGUGGCCAGGACGCUCUAUGUAGCGGGAUUACAUCCUGUGCAAAUGAUGACGAUUGUGCCGGUGGUAGCAUCUGUGCUAUGAACACAUGCUGUCCCGCUCCAUCCGCAGAACAACCAGGAGUAUGUCUGGUUGGCGAAUGCGGCAAUCCCGCGACAAAACUCGCUCGUAUGGCGAGCGCUGUACGUAGAUCUCCUCUCGGGGUUAAUACUGCCGGUCGUCGCGGAUACCAAAGGUGA